AGUGCAAAAAUGUGGGAGGGGACAGCAUUGUAACUGCACCGUCAAAGAGUGGGAGAGCUGUUGCUUCUUGGCUUUAACUACACAUUGUCAAGGGAUCGGUCAUGGCUGCAGAAGCAAAGCAGAGUUGUUACGAGGGCAGUUCUGUCCAAAGCUUCCAGUUCUACCUGCAGCAGUCAGGGGAGCAUGAGGCCAUUCUCCAGUGUGUUCACAGUAUUCUGCCAGGGGAAUUUGAAAGAAUUGGAGCAGAUAAAAAAGCCCUGGAUGUUCUCGGCGUCGGAAGCGGUGGAGGGGAGGUGGAUGUCCAGAUGCUCUCUCUGCUGCAGUCUGUAUUCCCUGCUGUUCCCAUCACUGCUGACAUUGUGGAGGGCAGCUCCCAGCUCACAAACAACUUCAAAGCUCUGGUAGCAAAAACUGCAAAUCUUCAGAAGAUCCCAUUCACUUGGCACGUCAUGCACAGUGGGGACUAUGAAAAGCAGGUGAAAGCCAAGGCGGACAUGAAGAGAUUUGACUUCAUACACAUGAUUCAGAUGAUCUACUAUGUGGAUAACCUUGCUGAAACGAUCAAGUUCUACCACAGCGUUCUGAAGACCAAUGGCAGACUUAUGAUUAUCAUUGAAACGGCUAACGGCGGCUGGGACACCCUGUGGAAGACCUUUCAGAAGGAGCUGUGUGUCGACGCCAUCACGCAGUAUCGCUCCUCCGCAGAGGUGAUUGCGUGUCUGAAGAGCCAGGGUCUUAAGUAUGAGGAGCAUAUCAUUCACAACACCUUUGACAUCACCGAGUGCUUUGAUCCAAGUAGCACGACUGGCGGACGUCUGCUGAAUUUCUUGACAGCCAAAGAUGAUUUCCACCAGUCCUUCACACAAGAGAUCAGAGCUGGCAUCUUAGACCUUCUCAGAAACAAGUGCAGCACAGAGAAGGAUGGCAGGGUGUUCUUUAACAGCGAUCUGAGCUGCAUACUGGUUCAUGCUUGAGUUUGUCCUGACAUGGAACCAAUGAACAGGGAAUUUUUCCCCCGUAGUUUUCAGCUUCUUCAGCCGAAGUUAAUCAAAAUCAAUUUUAACAAAAUGAGCAAUGGAAUAAAUUGACUUACAGAGCUUUGUUGUAUAGAAAAGAAACAUAAUUGCCUGACAACAAAGUGCUCGAAAUCUAUCCAGGAAAUACAUAGAAUAAAUCUAUAUUUCUCCUGUA